GCAGCUGUCUCUGUUUUUAAUACGUCUUGUGUUUUGAAUAUCACUUUCUGGCGAUGUGUUAAAUACAAUUUUUCGUUUGCAACAGAAAUAUUAGAAUAGUGCAAUCCUUCGUUUAGUACCCUUUUCUGUAUUAUCAAAAAAGAAAUGACGUAUGUAAGUUCGUGGGAAGAGUUUGAGAAAGGUGCAGAGAGGUUAUAUCUUCAAGACCCAGCGAAGGCUCGGUAUACAAUGAAAUAUUGCCAUAAUAAAGGUGUUCUAUGUCUAAAACUUACAGAUAAUCGAACAUGCCUACAAUACAAAACAGAAAUAGCACAGGAUUUAAAGAAGAUGGAAAAAUUUAUAGGAAAUCUGAUGAGGCACAUGGCAUCUAAAGAGAGCUAAACAAGGACUAGAUAAGA